AGAGGAUCAGGGCUCGGCGCGGGCGUGUGCGCGCACGCUGCCCUCUCCGCUCUCAUGCAGCCGGCCUUCGCCGGCAACCGGCUGGCCGCGGCCACCUGUGCUCCCCGGCGCAUGCCGUCUGGGGCCCCGCGUCGUCCGCCGGUGGUGGUCGCCGCCAGACGUGGCUGACCCGAGCGGCUGGCGAGGCAUGCUGCUGCUGGCGGCGCUGGCUGCGGUGGCGACGCUCCCCCCCGCCGCCGGCAACGCCUUCUUCGGCUCGCUGCACUCGAACUUCGUGGUGAACCUCGACCUGGAGCCGAGCCCGCCAGGCGGCGGCGAGGAGGCGCUGGGCGGCGAGUCGCACGUGAUCGCCCUCGCAGGA